AUGAACCUGCUGGUUCAAGACAUGGUGGAGUUCGCAGAAUACCUCAUCCUUCUCGGGGAUUCCUCAGGUGGCUUAUCAUCUUUGUCACCUUCUAGCCGAGAGAGUGUGGAUCCAAUUGCUGAAUUGCUGUCUCAAUUAUCUGGUGUGCGGAGAUCUGCUGCAGGGCAGGGUUCUACACCUUCACAAUUACAGCAGCUUCAGAUGCAGUUGCAGCUUGAGAGACAGCAGAUUGUUGGAUAUUUGAAAAAUUGA